UACUCUCUGUAAUCAUAUGACUGUAAGUAUUCCGCCUAGUUACGGUGUAACGUGCUUCAACAGUUCUUGUCAAAGCUGUUGAUUGCCACCCUGUACCCUAUUUAUACCACGCUUUCAUUCCGUCAUGGUCAGUUUAGCAGAUAACACUGGGAACUCAGGGGGAUUUUUCUUCCGUUCCGAUAUAUCUUCUGAAUCUGACAACAUGACCGAUCGUCUCCACGUGUUUACAGAUGAAGUGGAACCACCCUAUCGUACCAUUAAAACGUUAUGGGCAGCUCUCUUGCAAGCUGUUAUAUUGGUCACACUGUGUUUAAUAACAUUCCUGUAUCCUUGGUUAUGUACCACGUGUCAGCCCGACCCAGUAUCAAUUGCAACAUAUUCAGAAAUUCUCACAUGGACAUUCAUCGUAGCUCUCCAUGUUUACAUCUACAUCCAACAUCAUUACAUUUACAUCUCUGGUUACCUCGAUUUCUCCCAGCGGAUGCUGUACAAGCGUCAUGUACCAGCAGUAUGUGUAACAGUAGGUAUGAUCUUGAAAAUGCUGACCACCCAGAUUUUUGCUGAGUUCAAAUGUUCAUGGCGUGACAAAUGUGGUUUCCUAAAGCCAUAUGCCUACCUUCAAAUCAUUACGACAAUUGAGGUGUUAGUUGCUUUUCUGUUUUUGGUGCAAUAUGGCUAUCAGGUUUCACGGUUCAACAUUGCAAAGAAACUUCCAGAUGUUAUUGAAGAUGAAACUCAGCAAAGUGGUCUUCCUUAUUCUCAGAAUUUCCAGGAUAUUGGAGAACGUGGAUACUCAUUCAAUGAGAAAUUACUAGAAAAACAAGCUGAUAUGGUCCUCAGCCUGAAACGUCGUAAUGAACAACUUGCUCGUCAUGUGUUGACUCUGACAACAGAACUAAGGUCUUUGAAACAUGGCCACAUUCAAGACAGCUUCCACGAAUCUUCCAACAUGUCCAGCAGCAACACAACUCAAUCAUUCCUUGGCCAUUAACCAGAACUCUUGUGUGUGUGUCUGUGUGUAUGUGUACUUGUGUGUGUGUGUAUGAGUGCAUGCAUAUAUGUAACGAUGGGUGCAAGCUGCCUACUUGAGUGUUGAAGAAUGCAGAAUCUCUUUGAGUACAAGUUUUCUUUUGUUUAUUGCAAAUAUUUACCUAUUUUUAAAUUUCUCAUCUCUUUAUUCUUUCAUUUGCAUUUUGCAUACCGACAAUGGAUAAAUAUUCUCUCUCUCUCUCUCUCUCUCUCUCUCUCUCUCUCUCUCUUCUGAUAUGUUUUUUUCUUUUUCUUCCUUUACCACUCUUUCUCAUUUUCUGCUUAAUCUUCUGUUUCUUUUCCAUCUUUUCUCUCUUCUUCUCUGUCUAUGUCUCAACUUAGUUUCGUUUAGUUUAAUGAUUUUUGAAUGGAUAGAAACACAAUACGUUAGAUUUUAAUAAAACGAUGGACACCACCUGUACUGCCAAGAAAUAUAUACAGUGGGAAAAAAAAUAUAGUCAAUAAUCUAUCUUUUUUGAAACGUUUUUCUUUCAGUUUGUUUUCCAAUAUUCAAAACUAAAAUGUGGUUCAUUUAAUUAACUGUUAGUUUCUGUUUCUCUCCUAAUUAAGGAAGAAACUAUCUAGAACAAUUAACUGAAACUGCAAAUGAACCUUUAUUGUGAUAUCCCAUAGAGAAAAAAAAAAAA